AAGUCUUUAUAUUAUUGGUGUUGAUUAAGGGACGAUCUAUUUACGACUCGACAUCGACAAUGUAGUUGGGCGAGGAUGAGAAGCCAGAGGAGAUGACUUGACAUCCACAAGCUAAGCUAGGCAACGAUGGUGAUAAACUAGAUGACUAGGGUUGAUGCGUGCAUUUAGUGAACCGAUGGGACCUCGAUGGUGUCAAUAAUCGAAUGAAGUGCCAGGGCAGCUUAUGAGCUUUGAAUGUUGUCUCUUCGCCCUCGACUCUGAAGUAAUGGAACCUUCGGCAGAAGAGUACUCUGCAUUUGAAGAGAAAGUUAAACGGACUGUGUAUGUUGACAACCUCUCGCCCCUGGUUAACGAAUCUAUCCUCAGAUCUGCUUUUGGUCAGUUUGGGAACGUCGUUAGUGUUCAGUUUAUUCCGAAUUACUUGGAGCCAAGAAUCACCUCUCAAGCUGCUUUGAUUGAGGUGGACAAUCCUAAGCAGGCCAAAGGGAUAAUAUCUGAUAUCACUAAUUCCCCCUUUAUGGUAUCUGGAAUGCCGAGGCCUGUGAGGGCACUCCCUGCAGAACCGGAGAUGUUUGAAGAUCGUCCGAGAAAACCAGGAAGGAAAAUAGAAUGUCGGUGGGUGGAACCCGGUGAUCCUGACUUUGAGGUGGCUCAGGAGCUUGUACAGUUGACGAGGAAACAUGCUGCAGAGGUCACUUUUCUGCUCGAGCGUGAAGAGGAAGAGGAGAAAAAGCUUUCAAAUCAGCAGGCCGAGGCUUUGAAGUCAAAUUAUAAGAAGUUUGAGCUGAUUGACAAUGCUGUUGCUGAUAAAACUGCUCAGCGUCUGGGAGCCCGAUAUAAUAUGCGUGUUUCUGAUGCUUGAAGGCUUGCAAUGAAUGGCGAUUCGCAACACCUAAACUAGCAGUCAUGUAAAUGUUGGCCUUCCUAAACUAGCAGUCAUGUAAAUGCUGGCCUUCCUAUGAAAAUCUUGUUUUCUUUUGGGUAUUUAUCUGUUUCUUGAUCAUUUUAUUUUAGAAAUAAUGUGCAUGACAGGCCAUUCUGUAAUAGACAUACUCAACAGCAGCAGACAUAAAAUUGUCAUUUAUAAACUCUUUUCCCUGAGCCUAUCAAAA